AUGGCUGCUAAAAGACCCCAACAUGACUCUGCUUCUUCAUCUUCUUUAGCACCACCUCGUUGGAGCUAUGACGUGUUCUUGAGUUUCAGAGGCAAAGAUACCCGCAAAAACUUUACUGAUCAUCUCUACGCUGCUUUGGUUCAAGCUGGAAUUCACACCUUCAGGGACGAUGAUGAACUCCCAAGAGGACAAGUCAUUUCUUCAGAAAACUACGCUUCUUCGAGAUGGUGCCUUGAUGAGCUCGUGAAGAUCAUUGAAUGCAAGAAAACAAUUGGGCAAUUACUUCUCCCAAUAUUCUACAACGUUGAUCCAUCCGACGUAAGGCAUCAAACAGGGUGUUUUGGAGAAGCAUUUGGAAGACACGAAAAGCAUAAUAUGGAUGAGAUGGAGAAGGUGGAUGGGUGGAGAGCUGCGCUCGCUGAAGCUGCUAAUUUAUCAGGCUGGAAUUUGCAAAAUGUUGCUAAUGGCAUUGGAUCAGAUGAUGCUCGCAUGAUUGGAAUAUAUGGCUUGGGUGGAAUAGGCAAAAUAACCCUUGCAAAAGCUGUGUAUAACCAUAUUUUCCUCCAAUUUGAAGGGAGUUGUUUUCUUGCAAAUGUUAGUGAAUUUGCAGGACAAUUCAAUGGCCUAGUUCAAUUGCAAGAACAACUUCUUUUUGAAUUAUUAGGGAUAAAGAAUCUAAAAAUUGGCAGUGUUGACAGAAGAAUCAACUUGAUAAAAGAAAGGCUCCAUUCUAAAAGGGUUCUCAUUGUUCUUGAUGAUGUGGAUCAAUUAAGUCAGUUAAAUUCCUUGGCAGGAAAUCGUGAUUGGUUUGGUCCACGAAGUAGAAUCAUAAUAACAAUUAGAGAUCAGCAUUUGUUGAAGGAACUGAAAGUUCAUGAAAGAUAUAUGGCUAAGGAAUUAAAUCACACCGAGUCUCUGCAGCUUUUCAGUUGGCAUGCUGUCAGAAAAACCAAUCCAUUAGAAAAUUAUGCAGAUAUUGCAAAUGAUAUAGUACGUUACGCUGGAGGACUUUCACUAGCUCUUGAAGUUUUGGGUUCUUAUUUGUCUGGAAGAAACAUGGUAGAAUGGAUAAGUGCACUUGAUAAAUUGCGACAAAUACCUCAUAAUGAAAUUUAG